UAAAUUCCUCCUCCUGCUUCUUGCCUUAACACUCCCCUUCACCCAAUCCCUUCCCAGCUCACCAACACCAUCCAUCCCCUGUUUUCCAAAGCCCUUCUAGACUUCCCUUAUUGCCCCCCCUGGGUGUCCAUGUCCUUAAUUACCUCUAGGAGGAUGUGUAAACUACCUCAAUAUUAUCCCUUUUUUUAUCACAUAUGAUAAUAAUGGUUUUGUUAAGUCUUGGUUCUUUUCCUCAAAAGUCAGGAAUUUAGCAGGACUGUGGCUGAGCAGCAGUCUAUGUCAAAUAAUAACAUUUUCUGAAACUGAUGGUUUCUCCUGUCACUUCCUUGUCUACAAGUCCCUUGCCCUAUCUCAAAGGAGACUCCCACCAUAUUUUUGUACAGACGUUUCUUCUCAUUCUUUUCAACACAAUGGAAAAGUGGGGGAAGAAGCCAUAAAAGGGCAUUUAGGACACCAGAACUGUUUGAGAGAUGGGAGGGUCAGCCCUAAACUGAGCCAGAGGGAUUUAGAGGGGAUGAUGAAAAAGGGAUGGGAGAGGUGGAUAACAGGAGGAGGGACAGAAGGAAAGACAUUCUCGUUCUCGUGGUGUGGUCCCUUUGUUUCCCCAUCACUUGAUCCCUGGAGCAAUUCCCCAGUGCUGUGAGAGGGGCUGGAUCUGCACUGGAGGGUUCCCCAAACCCCUUGUCCAUUCUUGGGGUGCUCCUUGGGGUGGUUCCUCCCACCCAGGAGCUGGUGAUGCCCCUCUGUGGGGCAGAGGGGGGUGGGAGAGGAGGAUCUGGGGUGGUCAUGGAGGAGGACAGGAAGGAGAGAGGAGAAGGAGGAACAGAAAGAGGAGCAGAAGGAGAAGCACAAAUUUCCAUCCUGCUGGUGUAGCAGGGAGUCUUCCAGAGGGGUGCUUCUAGGGGAAUUGUUUGGAGUUUGCAGAUUCCAGAAAUGAGACCCAAAUAUCUUUGUGGUCCCUGGAAGGCCUUGGGGUUUUAAUGGGAAAAGUCUGGGUCUCGCUGCAUCACAGUUUCCACUUCAGGAUGAUAUUUGGAGAUCCACAAGAUGAUCACCAGGUACUGGUGGGAGGAGCACAUCAGUCUUGGGGCACUCCAGGAGAGUGGUGGAGGGGAACUGCAAGACCCCUGAAGUGGAUUUGUCAUUCCUAAGCCUUGGGCCAAUGGAGAAGAACGAAAAGCCUCAGAGAUGCCACAAGAGGAGGGGCUGCAAACCCAGCCCAGGGAGCUGCAAGAAGGAAAGACCCCUUCUGUGCCAGGAAGGUGGCCUGAGGUCCAGCCAGAGCUCGGAGCUGGUGGAGAAGCCUCACAAGUGCUUGGAAUGUGGGAAGGGCUUCAGCCAGAGCUCCCACCUCGUCCGGCACCAGAGGAUCCACACUGGGGAACAGGUGGACCAACCCUACAAAUGUGGGGAAUGUGGGAAGAGCUUCAGAGACAGCUCCAACCUGAUCCGGCACCUGAGGAUUCACACUGGGGAACGGCCCUAUGAGUGUUUUGAGUGUAAGAAGAGCUUCAGACAGAGCUGCAGCCUGGUGGAACACCGGAGAAUUCACACUGGGGAAAAGCCCUACGAGUGCUUGGAGUGUGGGAAGAGCUUCGGGUGGAACUCUGACCUGAUCCGGCACCAGAGGACCCACACUGGUGAGAGGCCCUAUGGGUGUCCUGAGUGUGGGAAGAGGUUUCGGAGCAACUCACAUCUCCUCCUGCAUCAGCGGACUCACACAGACGAGAAGCCCUUCCGCUGCCCCGACUGCGGGAAGGGCUUCAACCGUAACUCACACCUGACCCUGCACCGGCGCAUCCACACUGGGGAGAGGCCCUAUAAGUGUCUUGAGUGUGGGAAGAGCUUCUCAUCCAGCUCUGGCUUGACCCAGCACCAACGGAGGCACCAGUAAGGUGAAUGGUUAAAAUCAAAAAUCAACAACAAAAUCUCUCUUACUAGCCAAAGUUCAAAAGUGGUGUGUUUAUUACACUGGUAAAUACUGUGGGGAUCGUCCCUGAAAUGCAUGACCACACUGCACAAGGUUCUUUGCCUUCUAUUUAUUUCCCAAAAUAUUACAUAUGCACAACCCCAGCACCUCCCAUCUUCACUCUGUAUUAAAAUGAGGCUAUUAGUCUUUCACACGUAUGCAAUUCUUCUCUUGAUUUGGGUCAGUGGUCUCAAAUUGGGUCAGUGAUCCCAGGAAUGAAGUCAGGAAAGUCUUCGUCAGGGCUCUGUGACUCUCUGGCACAAUCCAAGGCCCCCUACUUCACAAUGGAUUGACAUAGAGUCUUGGUGCUGGGCAUUGUUCUUCUGGUUUCAAUAUGUUCCUGUAAUGGUUCACUUGCUCCACUUCUUUCUAUAAAUGGUCUCAUAAUAUAACAAUUUGCUUUAGCUUAGGCAUCUAAUAAUCAUUAACCUAUCGUUGUGUAUCUAACUUCAAUAUGAAUUUAUUCUAACCCUCAGCUGUUGGGGAAUGGCUGCAGAAGCAGGGCCAUGGGUCGAUGGAACAGCUGUUCCAGCAAUCCCCUGUUUAAGGCCUGGGAACAGCAUUGUGUCUGGCCUGGGAGCAGUACACUGUGCAUGGCCUGGGAACAGCACACAUCGGCAUGUACAGAUAACAAGGACAGCCUAUCCUUGAGAUAUGAGUUAUACAAGAACAGGAUGUGAAACAAGAUGUACCCAGCGAAAUGAGAUGAGGAACUUGGCUGCCAAGUAGGAGAAAUAUGUAACUAUGACCUUUAUGAAAUAACCAAUGAGAGCUUGUUGCUGAAGAGAUGCCUGUAGAAAACCCUAUAUAAGCUGACAGAAUCUUUGAAUAAAUCAAAGCUUGCUUAUCAAUCAUA